AUUCUCUCCCCUGCAUCGCCUCGUCGAUUCGAUCCUCCCCCAAAGCUUCUCCAACACCAGUCGUCACCUCCGCCUCCUCCCGCUUCGCGCGCGAACGCAUCUCCCUCUCUCACCAAUCCCCAUGGCCUCGCGGUUCUGAUCCGGCCACCGCCAUGCAGAGCCGCUCGCCGUCGGCGGCGGCGGCCUCCGCCUCCCCGACGGCUGCGGCAGCGGCGGCCAUGGCGCCGGCCGUCGGCGGGGUGGAGCCGGCCGUCACGCUCGACCAGGUCCCGCGCUGGAGCGACCCCGACCAGCGCAUCUCCUCGCUGUCCCCCACCGCCGCCGGAUCCGAGACCCAGACCUCGUCCUUCCUCUCCUUCUCUGACCCGCUCACCGGCGACGACGCUGCCGCGGGGCCCGGGGGCCGCGGCGCGUCGCGGUUCCCCGUCGAUCACGAGAUCAACUCGAAGAUCUACCUCUGGCGAGGCCACCCGUGGAACCUAGAGGUCGAUGCCGUCGUCAACUCCACCAACGAGAACUUGGACGAAGCUCAUAGUAGCCCUGGGCUUCACGCUGCUGCAGGACCAGGGCUCGCCGAGGAGUGCGCCACCUUGGGUGGCUGCCGCACCGGUAUGGCUAAGAUGACCAAUGCUUAUGAUCUUCCUGCCAGGAAGGUCAUCCACACUGUGGGCCCUAAAUAUGCUGUAAAGUAUCACACAGCUGCAGAGAACGCGCUUAGCCACUGCUACAGGUCUUGUUUGGAACUACUCAUAGAGAAUGGCCUUGAAAGCCUUGCAACUGGUUGCAUAUAUACGGAAGCCAAGAAUUACCCUCGUGAACCAGCUGCUCAUGUGGCAAUAAGAACUGUGAGACGUUUUCUGGAGAAGCAAAAAGACAAAAUAACUGCUAUUGUCUUUUGUACAACAUCAUCAUCUGACACAGAGAUAUAUAAGAGAUUGCUUCCACUAUAUUUCCCUCGGGACAAGCCCGAAGAAGAGAUAGCUGCAUUGAAACUUCCUGCUGAUGUUGGGGAUGAGAAUGGUGAGACAGUAAUAGAUGAAAGGAAAAUAAGAAUAAAACCCUUGCCCACUGGGGCAGCAAAUAGCAAAACGCCAAUCCCUGCACUUGCAGAUAUCCCUCUUCCAGAUUCUGGAUUGACACGUCGAAGGAAUUCUUUCAAGUUGGACUCAUAUUUGGAUCCAGCUUUUAUGUCUAUAAUUAAAGAUCCUGAUCUCCGACGCAAGGAGCAGUGGGAAAAAUCUGCUCAGGCUCACAAGGGACUUAACUUGGCUAACUUGCUUGGGUUUGGUGAUCUUGGCAGCCCACCAUUAUCUGCUGCUGAAGAAUAUUCCCUUCAUUCACGAUACCUUGCUAAAGCAAAUUCAAUGAAUCUUUCAGAUAUUGCUGAAAUGAAAAUAAUUUACCGUGGAGGAGUUGAUAGUGAAGGUCGUGCAGUUAUGGUGGUUGUCGGUGCUCACUUUCUUCUUCGCUGCUUGGAUCUUGAACGGUUCGUUCUAUAUGUAGUAAAGGAGUUUGAACCUUUGGUUCAAAAGCCUUACUCGAUUGUCUAUUUCCACUCUGCAGCAUCCUUACAGCCGCAACCUGAUUUAGGAUUCAUGAAGCGGUUACAGCAGAUACUAGGCCGGAAGCAUCAAAAAAAUCUCCAUGCUAUAUAUAUACUUCACCCAACACUGGGAUUGAGAACUGCUAUUCUGGCAAUGCAGCUUUUUGUUGACGGAGAGGUCUGGAAGAAAGUUGUAUAUGUCGACAGACUUGUGCAGCUGUUCAGAUACGUACCACGCGAACAACUAACGAUCCCCGAUUUUGUCUUUCAGCAUGAUCUUGAAGUGAAUGGUGGAAAAGGCAUAAUCAUAGACCCAAGAACAAAGCAUGUCUAUCAGAGACCAUCUGGUUGAUCUGUCGUCAACUUGCAAGCGAGCGCUUCACGUAUCGCUCUGUACAACCUAUCUGUCCUCUGUAGAAGAUUUCCCUUCUAGAUCUGUGCAUUUUGUAUCUAGUUGAGUUGACAUUGUUCUGUGCUAUUCCUUUUCCUUUAGGGAGGCGUAAUUAUGUAUCUUAAUUAUAUUCUGUAUAAACAAAUAAAGGCUGUAUCUAAAUAUCUCUUAAGUUAUGUAGAGCUCGGCGUACUCUUUGGGUACUGUAAAAUUUUGACAGGUCAGAAAUAAGAUGGCAGUUUGUUC